AUGAAUACCUUUAAACAUUCGAACGCUAGUCAAGAAGAAUCCGUCGAAAGUAAAAUAAAAAUAAAGCUCUCGAGCAGCGGGCUAUUCGUGGACGAUGAUGGAGACUACACACGACCGCGAUCAGGGAUUUUCCAGCGAGGAUCUCAGGAUAAACGGAUCGCGGAUUAUCAAGCUGGCGACGAUCUCGAAACUGCAAGGUGGUCGGUCGGUAGCCCGCUGGUGGGCUUCGAUCGAACGAUAAAGCAUCGGGACGUUCAUGGUACAAGCACGCCGCGUUCCGUAGAUCCUAAAGUGUCCUUGAGGAAAACAGAGCCAGAAAGUUACGAGGAAGCGGGUCGAGGACCGGAUAAAUUUGACAGAAUCGGGCACAGUGAUUUAACGAAGGCGGUGUACCAUCAGGCUGAGAGAGAUGCCGAAGGAACAAGGAAACUCCGCAAUAUCGACAAGGAUUCCGGGUCUCCUAUCGCGGCAGAUAGACGAGAGAAACGUGACGAUGCUCCCGGUGAAGGAAAUGCCGGUGGAGAUCGUGAACCGCGCGGAACACGAGGCGCAGACGAAGAAGGAACAGCUGUUGGAAAAAUGAGGAAAAUUAAAAGAGACAGGAAUCCCGGCUGGGAUCGUAAAAAAGACAGACUGUUGAACAACGACAUCGAAGGAAAUGGGCCCGACCGAUCACCCUGGGAGAACCAGCGGGGUGGGAAUCGAUCAAGGUCACGGGACCCGGGAUUGAGAGAGGUUGCAGAGGAUCAGCGAUCUGCUGGAGAAGCUGAUUUAACGGAGAGAAAGAAGGCAUCGAGGAACAUGGGAAAUUUGAAAUCGACUUAUAUGGAAGUUGGGGCUGGAGGACAAAGUCUGAGUAGGUCGAAGAUGAGGAAGUUGGAGAUAGGGGAUGAGGACCAACGUGAAGAGGCUAAAUCUUCGGGAGAUCAUAAAACUUUAAUUCACGGACAAUCUAAUAGAAGAAAACAAAGCUUGAAUCGACAAAAAGCACAAAAAUCGAAGCUUGCGGAUAACGAAGAUUAUAAUCAAUCAACUACAGAGACAGAAUCCUCGCGUAAGAACAAAUGGUCAAAAAUUCCAAAUUUGAAAAUGAUUGAAAAAAAACCUGCAAAUAAAAAAGGAAAGAAAGUUUCCACAGCUGAAUUAUUAAGAGAAAUAAAGAACGAACAUAUUAUCGAAGACACAGGUAACGAAGGCAAGACAAAUGGUAGACAUAGCGUUAAGAAAGCGGAGGAAAGGAAGAACUACGAAAUGGAGGAAAUGGUGGAUACUAGUGAGAGCAUAGGCACUAGGGAACGAAGGAAGAAAAAAACAGAUGCACUUGACAGCAAGGCGAAGGGAACGCCUCGUGGCUUUGAUGAAGAAGAAAAUGUUCCUAAGCGUGAUGGAAAGCGGAGAGGUCGCUCGAGCAGAGACGAAGCUGAUUCAGACUUAAUGAAGAAGGGGAAGGGUGGGAAAGUACGUAGCGCAAGUGGGGAAGAUAAAUCAACGCCCGAUUCAGACCGUCGAAGUAAGAAAGAAACAAGCGAGGCCAACGCGAAGGGACGCAGGGAACGUGAUUCGAGUAAAGCGAACGACGAUUACAGUAAGAUAAAUGGCACUCGUUAUCGCGAAAUAAGGACAAAAGUGUCGGAUCUCGGUGAAACAGAACGCCGCCGCUUGAUCGAGUACCAAUUAUCCAACCAGCACUUCGUGAAUCAUGGUUGGACCCUACUGCCGAUUCCCAAAAUCACGAGGAAAGUCGUCCAGUACCAAACAAAGCCAGCGAAACCACAUCUGAAUUGGUUCGAAAGGCACAAAUACGAGGGAAGAAUAUAUUACAACGAUGGCGCCACAAUUUUCGUAAAUUUCCAUCCCGAUGGAACGGGGGAAGUUUUUCAUCCAAAUGGGCGGCUGGCUAUUGAAGUUUACAAACCAGGGAAUCAGAAAUAUGGUAUGUAUACUGUGUUCACCCCAGGAGGCAAAGAUUGCGUGGGAGUGGAAAGAAAGUCACAGAUCGUCGGGGUGUUCGACACCAUGGGCAACGGCGCUGUCUUUGACGAGGACGGCGCGACAAGGCUGUCCUACAAUCAGAUUGGAGGAAUUUGGAGGGAUAAUCCGGCAGGCCCGCCACUGGUGUGGAAAUGGGACGUCGACGAAAAGAACUUGGUUGUCGAAACUGUGUACGUGGAAAAAUCAGCAGCUCACAUAGAGAAGUUCCUCCCUCCAUCGUCAAAGCUGAUAAAGAGUUCCGGAAGUGGCAAAGCAUCAGCGUCGCCGGCGAGCUCGCGAAAUAAGGAGAAGAAGGUCGUGGAACAGAAACCUGUUGUCGCGGUGCACGACAGCGAAGAAGAGGUCAUGUCCGGUGCUCCUGAUGAUUAUUCGAAGGAUACUACCCAGCUCAAAACGAUAUGCAUGAAAUUAACUGAUCAUAUCAGCUUGAGGAUUUCAAAUCGAAGGAACAUUUUUCUUCAAUUUUUCGCUGAUGGAAAAAGUAUCAGAAUAGAAUUAGGUACAAUUCUGAAUUUCAACAAAGAAAUGACGUCAUACUUUAUCGACACGAGUUUGAAGAACGAUCUAUUCAAAUGCAAAUUUGAUGAUCUCUUGACGUCUCAUUUGGAACCAGAAAGUAGUUUGCACAAGUUAGUUCAAGAAUUACGUGAAGUUAAAAAAUCAUCCAGACAACGUAAAUUUAUGGUUAACAAAUAUAAACCGUAUUUGUCUGCAUGGAAGAAUACUUUUAAGAGUAGAUGUCGUCCGUAA